AUGUCAAUGCUUACGCCUGUCCUGCAGCCCCCAGAGGUGAAGGAGUAUCUGUCCAAGGGCGAGCGCUUCAUCAAAUGGGACGAUGAAACAGCAAGUGCUUCUCCUGUGAUUCUUCGAGUGGAUCCAAAGGGCUUUUACUUAUACUGGACCUAUCAGAAUAAGGAAAUGGAAAUUUUGGAUAUAACCAGCAUCCGAGAUACCCGAGUAGGGCGAUUUGCCAAAAUCCCCAAGUGCCAGAAGCUCCGAGAGGUUUUUAACUUGGAUUACCCUCACAGCACCUUCCUGCUAAAGACUCUGACUAUUGUAUCUGGCCCUGACAUGGUCGACCUCACUUUCCAUAAUUUUGUGUCCUACAAGGAGAAUGUUGGCAAGAGCUGGGCUGAGGAUAUUAUGGCCAUCGUUCGGAAUCCCCUCACAUACAACGCUUCCCGGUACACCUUCCUAGAGAAAAUCCUGGUGAAGCUGAAGAUGCAGCUUAACGCAGAGGGGAAGAUUCCAGUCAGGAAUAUUUUUCAGAUGUUUCCUGCAGACAGGAAGAGGGUGGAAGCAGCAUUAAGCGCUUGUCAUCUUCCGAAGGGCAAGAACGAUGCCAUCAAUCCAGAGGACUUCCCCGAGACCGUGUAUAAAACUUUCCUCAUGAAUCUGUGUCCACGGCCUGAGAUUGAUGAGAUAUUUACCUCACACCAUUUAAAAGCAAAGCCCUACAUGACCAAAGAGCACUUGGCAAAGUUUAUCAACAAGAAGCAGCGAGACUCUCGCCUCAAUGACAUCCUUUUCCCGCCAGCCAAACCUGAGCAGGUGCAGAGCCUGAUAGAGAAGUACGAGCCCAGCGGGAUUAACAUCCAGAGAGGGCAGUUGUCUCCAGAGGGGAUGGUCUGGUUUCUCUGUGGCCCCGAGAACAAUGUGAUAGCACUGGACAAAUUGGUGCUGUACCAGGACAUGACCCAGCCGCUCUCACACUACUUCAUCAACUCGUCCCACAACACGUAUUUAACAGCUGGUCAGUUUUCUGGUAUCUCCUCUCCUGAAAUGUACCGCCAGACGCUGCUGGCUGGCUGCCGCUGCGUGGAGCUGGACUGCUGGAAGGGCCGGCCCCCGGAUGAGGAGCCGAUCAUCACUCACGGGUUCACCAUGACAACUGAGAUCCUCUUCAAGGAUGCCAUUGAGGCCAUUGCCGAAAGCGCUUUUAAAACAUCUCUGUACCCUGUCAUCCUGUCCUUCGAGAACCACGUGGACUCGCCCAAGCAGCAGGCGAAGAUGGCCGAAUACUGCCGAACCAUAUUUGGAGAUAUGCUGCUGACAGAGCCGCUGGAAAAAUACCCACUGAAGCCAGGAGUUCCUCUGCCAAGUCCUAAGGAUCUCUUAGGGAAAAUCUUGAUUAAGAACAAGAAGAAGCAAUCUGUAUCUGGGAAGAGGCAGAACUCUUUGAAGAAAGGGAGGAAUGUGGAACCAGAAAUUGAGCAGCCAGCCCCUAUGGAUGCUGAAGAUACUGUCUGGGCAGGUGAUGUGGCUGAAGAGGAACCAGAGGAAGAGGAUGAACAUCUUGGAAACCUGGAUGAAGAGGAAAUUAAAAAGCUGCAGUCAGAUGAGGGCACGGCUGGUCUGGAAGUGACAGCGUACGAGGAAAUGUCCAGCCUGGUUAAUUACAUACAGCCCAUCAAAUUUGACUCCUUUGAAGUCUCUGCCCAGAAGAACCGGAGUUACGUCAUCUCUUCCUUCACGGAGCUGAAGGCUUACGAUCUGCUAAGCAAGUUCCCGGCGCAGUUUGUAGAAUACAACAAGCGCCAGAUGAGCCGGAUUUACCCCAAAGGCACCCGGAUGGACUCCUCUAAUUACCUGCCCCAGAUGUUCUGGAACGUCGGCUGUCAGAUGGUGGCACUCAACUUCCAGACCAUGGAUGUCCCCAUGCAGCAGAACAUGGCUCUGUUUGAGUUCAACGGCCAGUGUGGCUACCUGCUCAAGCAUGAAUUCAUGCGGCGUCCAGACAAGCAGUUUGACCCCUUCUCUGUGGACCGCCUUGACGUGGUGGUGGCAAGUACCCUGUCCGUCACGAUACUCUCUGGGCAGUUCCUCUCGGACCGCAGCGUGAAGACGUAUGUGGAAGUGGAGCUGUUUGGGUUGCCGAGGGACACGAAGCGCAAAUACAGAACCAAACUGACCUCCACUGCCAAUUCUAUUAACCCUGUGUGGAAAGAGGAGGCUUUUGUUUUUGAAAAGAUCAUGAUGCCCGAGUUGGCGUCUCUCAAAAUUGUGGCCUGGGAGGAAGGAGGGAAGUUCAUUGGUCAUCGUGUCAUUCCCGUUAUUGCAGUGCACUCAGGCUAUCACCACGUUUGUCUCCGCAGCGAGAGUAACAUGCCGCUCACCAUGCCCUCCCUGUUCGUGUACCUGGAGAUAAAGGACUACGUGCCCGACGCCUGGGCAGAUCUGACUAUUGCUCUCUCCAACCCCAUCAAGUUCUUCAGCCUGCAAGACAAGAGAUCGGUGAAGCUGAAAGACGGCUCGGUGGAGAGGCUGGACACACAGAGGAACUUCUUACCUGCUGAAACUAACGGGAUACCAGGCUCCACUGGGAAAUUCAGUCUUCCUCUUUCCAACGGGCCUGCAGGAGCGGCGGCGUUCGCCAAGGACGAGAAUGUGACGGAAGUGACGCAGGUUGCAGAGCCUCAGACAGCCAGCCUGGCGGAACUGCAGCAGAUGAAGCUCUUCCUGAAGCUGCUGAAGAAGCAGGACAAGGAACUGAGGGAGCUGGAGCGGAAAGGGAGUAAACGGAGGGAGGAGCUGCUGCAGAAAUACUCUGUACUCUUUUGGGAGUCUGUCUGCUACGUAGGCAAGAAAAGGAUGAUACACGCUAGGAAAACCCAGAAGAAGAGGAGUCUGACAGCAGGUGACGUCGGUACGUGUGCAGAUCCUGUGGAAGUGGCAGAAAGCGUUGAUAGCCGCGUUGUGGAACUGAGAGAGAGGCUGGAGACGGACCUCAUCCACCUGGGGGAGGAACACCACGAUGGGAUUCGAAGAAAGAAAGAGCAGCACGCCACGGAGCAAGUUGCCAAGAUAACGGAGCUGGCCAGAGAGAAGCAGACAGCCGAGCUGAAGGCGCUGAAGGAGUCGUCGGAAAG